CUACAACAAUCUUUAGUACGCACAAUGAUUUCUAAGAGAGCACAUUCGGGACUCUUAGUUCCGUUCAUCAUAUUUUGUGCUUUGUCUGCGGCCGAUGCAGUGAACAAAGGUAGUUUAACGUUCGUAAUAGACGAUACAAUGUCCAUGGGAGGUGAAAUAGGGCAAGUGCGGGAAGAAGUUAACAUUAUAUUUGAUAAAGUGCUAAGUUCAAACGCUUCGCAAAUAGAAAAUUUUGUGCUCGUCACUCUAAAUGAUCCGGAAACUGUACUGCGUACCGUUACCAAAGACCCGAAAGAAUUUAAAAGAGCUGUAGAUGCAAUACAUCUUCAUUCGUUCGGCAGGCCGGAUUGUGCAGAAGCUGCUAUGGCAGGCAUUAACUUAGCACUUCGAAGUAGUAUGCCCCACUCGUUUUUGUACGUUUUCACUGAUGCAUCAGCUAAUGACUAUGCAUUGUAUGAUCAGGUUACAAGUCUUGCACACAAAAUGCAGAGCCAGAUUGUAUUUCUAUUGACUGGCGAUUGCGGUGAUAGAAGUACACCUGAAUACCAAGUGUAUCACAAAGUGGCAGAGGCUACGUCAGGACAAGUCUUUAAUAUGGGCAAAAAUGAACUGAAAGAUAUACUGAAAUAUAUUGAGGAGUCUAUUACAGGCAUAGGAAGCAAGAUUGUAGACACAAAAUUUGAACCCGGCUAUGGUAAAAAUCUAACAUAUACCGUCGACUCUCACACUGGAGAUAUACUGGUAGCUAUAACUGGAGAUGAACCCAAAAUAGGAAACGCAAUUGGUCCCAGUGGAAGUCGGCCUUAUACAGAACACAUAGUAUCAAAAAAAAAAGAAAUGGCGGUGGCGAAGGUGACGGGUGCGAUGCCAGGAGAACACGUCGUGCCGGUCGGAAGUAAGUCCGAAACGCACGCAGUUGUGAGAGUAAAAAGCUCAAUCGAUUUUCAACUCGGAUUUAGCGUGUCUCCACCAAAAUCCAGCAAAGAUAUAGUCACAAGACCGGCGCCAAAAGGGAAUGUUCACAUGGGUGUCAAGGUACUCGGGACAGGAGUUAAACUUGAGACAGUUAAAAUACUUGGAAUGAAGGGUGAAGUUAUCGAGGAACUAAAAUUAGAACUAGUCGAUGAAAAAACGCAAUUCUACCGGACACCGUCAUUUAGCCCACCGUCUACUAUGUUUAGUGUAACUAUAAAUGGAUAUGACAUCAAUACUAAAUCGCCAGUGACGAGAAAAAGUCCAACACCUAUAUCUAGACAAGAUUUGUCCACAGAGGAAAAAGUUGAAACAGCACCAGUAGUAACGAUUGAUGGUGACUCGUCAAUAACUCUAUACGAUGAUGAUCCGUUAGAACUGACUUGUAAAGUUCACGCUUACCCCGAACCAGAUAUAAAAUGGGUGGAUAAGGAAUCUGGGAAUGCAAUUCUUGCUGAGACGAACAUCUUCGAAUUACCCUAUGAUUAUAUCAGUAUUUUAAAAAUAGACAAGGCAACCAAAAAUGCCACUUACGAAUGUAAAGCCAACAAUCGCAAUGGAAACGACGUUAAAGGCGUAGAAGUUAUGGCAAAAAGGAGAUUCUAUUUUUAUAUAAUCGAAUCUCCUAAAGAUAUUCGUAUAGAAUAUGCCAAAGAAGGUAAACUUGUUUGCAAGGUAUAUGCCUACCCAUCUGCGACUAUAAACUGGUAUAAAGAUGCAAAACCUUUGUCUAGUAGCAGCCGUAUUGAGAUAUCCAAAGAUCAGACAGUGGUGACCUUGAAAGACAUGCAACCAGGUAUGGAAGGAAAGUUCAUGUGUGAAGCAAGAAAUGAUAAAGAGAGGAAAGUAUUUUAUUCCAACGUUGAAAUAUUUGGUGUAGAAAAACCUGUUAUCGAUAAGACAAUAAACGAAAUCCGUGUCACAGAGAAAACAAAUGGCGAAUUAUCUUGCAGAAUUCUUAAGGGGAUCCCGAAACCAACUAUAGUCUGGUCCUUCCUAGGUUCGGGUACAAAAAUGUAUUUGAAACAAACUGGAGAGACCAUACAGUUGAAAAAUGCUCACAGAGGCCAAAGUGGCCUGUACACAUGUACAGCAAAAAACGUCUUGGGAUCUGAUAAUCACAACACAGAAUUGAUAGUAGAAUAUCCACCACGCAUAAAAAGUGAUGUAAAGGAAAUGAAGAUUUUGGAUGGCGAUAUAGCGAAGUUGCCAUGUGACGUGGAUGGAGUGCCAGCGCCAACGGUAUACUGGACAUUCAAUGGAAUCAAUGUAACAAGUACUUGGAGAACUCAAAUUACUACCGAUUAUAGUCUAAUAAUCAAAACCACUGUAGCUGACACUGGGCAUUAUGUUUGCCACGCAGAUAAUAAGAUUGGAAAAGAUGAAAGAAAAAUUAUUCUAAAAAUACAUCAAAAACCCGUUAUCGAUAAAUCAGUUGCCGAAAUCCGUGUCAGAGAGAAAUCAUAUGGCAAAUUGUCUUGUAGAAUUCUUAAGGGGAUCCCGAAACCAACUAUAAUCUGGUCCUUCCGAGGUUCGGGUACAAAAAAGUAUUUGAAACAAACUGGAGAGACCAUACAGUUGAAAAAAGCUCACAGAGGCCAAAGUGGCCUGUACACAUGUACAGCGAAAAACGUCGAGGGAUCGGAUACUCACAACACAGAAUUGAUAGUAGAAUAUCGACCACGCAUAAAAAGGGGUGUAAAGGUAAUGAAGAUUGUGGAUGGCGAUAAAGCAAAGUUGACAUGUGACGUGGAUGGAGUGCCAGCGCCAACGGUAUACUGGACAUUCAAUGGUAUUGAAGUAACAAAUACUUGGAAAACUGAAAUUACUACCGAUUACAAUUUAAUAAUCAAAACCACUUUACGUGACACUGGAAAUUAUGUGUGCCAUGCAAAAAAUAAGCUUGGGAAAGAUGAACGCAAAGUUUUCCUACAAGUAUACAUUCCAGUGACCAUUGUGGAACCAAAAUCAAAUAUGGUUGAGACCAUGGUUGGCAAGGGAAAGGUACUAAGCUGCACCGCUAUGGGGUACCCCGAACCAGACAUAAAAUGGACUUUCCACAAGACCUUUGAUGCUCCUGGCACAUCAGUGCCAGGAGCAUCAAAGGUCGUGACAUCAGUCACGUAAGUAUUGCGAUAUAGC